GCCGAUAAUUGAAAUGACGUGGAUAGUUUUAAUUUAUCGUACGAUUAAUUGAUUUAUCGUUUAUCGGGACAGGCCUAGUUAAAAGGUAUGUUAGAUUCCAAAUAUCGGCAGGGCCUAACGAUGGCUCACGGCGUUUCAAAAGCCGACGUUCUCUCCGACCGUGACGACGGUAAGGUGUUUACGUCCAACGUAUUGUUUCAAGAAAACCAAAAAUCUCUCAAGCUGGUUCUCUAUCAAGAUGCAUUUGAAGUUGUGAACCCAUUGGGAUCUGCAAAAAAAAAGCACAAGAUCUUUGCCGUUUACUUUUCUCUACUCCAUAUGCCACCCCAUGUCCGAUCAAAUACCGAUCAUAUGCAGUCGGUCUUGUUGUGUAGAGAGAAGGAUUUCAAGGAAUUUGGCCAUUCCAGAGUUUUUUCAGAACUGUUGACUGACUUGAAAAUACUAGAGGAGAAUGGGAUAACUAUGGCAGAUGAAUCAGUCGCGAAAGGAGCACCGUAUCGCAUUGCCGGAGACAACCCGGGCUCUCGCCGCAUCGGGGGUUUUACGGAAAAUGUCAGUACAUCUCAGUACUUCUGCAGAUAUUGUCUGAUUACUCGGUCUGAAUUUCAGAGUGAAAAUCCAGCUAUCAUCGGACCAGAGCGGACUCCGGAAACGUAUCGAUCUGCCACUAAACAGCUGGAAAGAGAGGAUGUGACAGAAGUGCAGGGGAUUAAGUUCAGAUACGACGGAUACACAAAAGGACAUCCACGAUGCCAUUCGAGCAGCGCUUCCUGGUCUUUCACAGGAAGUUUUGGCCGCUUUAGAGGACGUUUCGGAGAAACUCGGCACCGCAACCGCGGACGAUUUCCAGUAUAUCACCGAAGGAGACUUACAGCCUGUGCCGAAGCCCAUUCGGGCCAGAAGACCGGUCGCUGCACGGGCCCAAAAUAGUAAGUAUUUUGAGAUAAAGUCUUGUGUAACUUUAGCAUAAAAACAUGUGCUUUACACCUAACUACAGAUCCAAAUUGAAAAUGAAAGGUCAACAAAGACACAUUUCAGUCAUAUUUCAUAUGUUUGUUUAUUUGACAAGGACAACAAUGUACAGCUUCUCAUUCACACCUGGUAGUUCCUGUGCAGGGGACACACAACAGUCUGCUAGAAAAGGAAGCACUCUACAUUAACAAUUCUCUAACAUUACUUUACACAAGUAAUUUUGAUAUCACUAACACAAUUUAAAAGAUGAAAAGCCAAACCUAUGUAGUG